UUAGCAGCUAUUUGUUCUCAGAGCAGACCAGCGGUGGAAGGCCGAGAAGAGUAGAGAGCUGACAGUAUGAACCCAUGCCGUGGGGGACGUUAACAACUGUCAGCACCUGUCGAAACAACAACCAUGGCCUCCGCGGUCAACGUCCUCUUUCUUCUGUGGAGCCUUCAAAACAUCGUUGGACUUUAUUGCAUUGCUGCAACAACCUCUGAGAGAGUCCCAGCAGAGCUGGACCCUCCACACAACGUGACUAUGAUCACCCUUAACACCAACUACACUCUGAGCUGGAAGUGGGACCAGAGUCAAGCUGUCAACUUCACCACACAAUAUGUCAGGAAAUACGAGCUGAAGAGGAAGAUUCCCAACUGGUUCACAGUGUGUGAGGAGAUGUCACUCAGGUCAUGUGACCUCACAGCGUUAGACCUGCACCACCUUGGCACCUACAUGCUGCGUGUACGAGCCAACAUUAAUGGUCGUCACUCCGACUGGGUGCAGCUGGAGUUCUUCCCUGACAAAGAUGCUGCUGUGGGUCCUCCAGCCAACGUGGACCUUGCUCCUGCUGGAAGUGACCUUGACGUGUCCAUCUCCGACCCUCUGACGAGCACCAACAGCUCCAUGAAGGAUUUACUUCCCUACAUGUACUACAACAUCCUCUACUGGGAACGUUCUGCAGAAACACAGAUCCAGACAUUAAGAAGCAGUGCCAACUUUGUGACUUUGCCACACCUGAAGGCCUGGACCUGGUACUGUGUGAGUGUCCAGUCCAGCAACGACUACUACAUCAAGAGAAGCAGCUUCACUCAGCCCCAGUGUAUGCAGACUGAAGGUAACACUCCGUGGUGGCAGAUCUUCCUCUGCUUCUUGGCCUCUCUGGUGUUCUGCUUCCUGCUCAUGCUGCUCUUACUCUACGGUCCUUUUUGGUGCUAUAAGACCCUCAAGGCAACGUUGUACCCCUCCAACCAGCUGCCUACACACUUCAUGGAGUAUCUGUGUGACUCUCCUAGCUCUGAUGUCCCUCGCCUCCUCACCCCAGACUCACAGUCAGAGUUGCUGUGUGAUAAGGUGAGUGUCUGUCCAGAGCCAGCAGUCCUGGAAGUCCACAACCCUCCUCCUGAGGCCCUUCAUCAGCCUUCACCAGGUCUGGAGCCGGACAGCAGUGGCAGACACAACCGUCAGGACAGCAGCAGCAGUGGAGACUCAGGAGUUUACUCAACAGGAGGCAGCGCCAACCUGAGGCAGCCCAACAGCAGCCAGACAUCCACAGGGACUGGAGACUUGUGGCAGGGCCCCUUUGACCUGGAGCAGGUGAAGAUGCAGGAGAUGACCCCAGGGCUCAAGACUCGACUUCUGACUGCAGAUAAAUGCAUUAAAGACAUGUGUGUCUAGGGCAUGCUUGGAGAUAUCCAUCUGUUGAGGGGUCACCUGACAGUACAGACCCCGGUUUGAGUCCCGGCUGGCCGGACCUGCAUGUCAUUCCCUGACUCUCUCCCCACAGUUCCUGUCUGUCUUCACUGUCACUGUCAAAUAAGGACAUUAAAAUAACAAAAAAAGAAAAUACCUGUUAAGAGGAGACAUGGAGUAGGGACGGUGUCAAGGAAGGUUUGUGCCUUUUCUCCACCUGUCACUGUGAAACGAGGACAAAGACAAUGAGUGACAGACACAAAGAACACCACUGACCUGCUGUUCAGUCACUCACCGUCGUCCUGCUGAGGAGAAUUCACUUCAGUCUCCACGUAGAUCCAGAUCCUUGUCUGACCCCAACCAGGAAGUUCUGUUAGUGCUGAUUUAAAUGUGUUGCUCUCUGUCUGAACCCUGCAGUCAUGCAUUGUUUUUUUAUCUUAUCUUUUAUUGUCACACUAUUAAAAUGAAAGGACCUGAGGAGUCAGAGCCCAUCUGAUCCUGAGGAUGCGUAGACCUGGUCCAGCGGCAGCAGCGUGAUGAGCCACAAUUUAAUGUCUGGCUGGCAUUGUUCCUCUCUCUACUGUGACCAGUUUGACAUACUGACACCAGACUCAGACCAGGACCCAUGAAGACCGCCGCUGCAGUGGCCACAUUGGGAACUGCGGGUCACUUGACAACCUGGGACAAACAAAGACAAUUUUGCCACACACACUGAUGACUGUAGAACAGUGAAAUGAAAACUUUAAUCUGUUAUGGAAAAGAUUGAUUCCCUGCUGGUGUGCUAUCACCUGCCUCCACUGUCUGCUGUGUCCCAGUCAGUGUAGGGAAGGACAUUCAAACAUGUGAACGUAGAGUUUCUACAUAGAGUCAUAUAAAUUUGCUGAAUGCCUCAAGCAGUGCUGGUCACUGCCAGCGAAGGGUCAGAUCUACUGAAAAGUAAUUUUAAAAUGUCUGUUGUUAAAGUUGUGCUAAAAUGUCUCUUGUGUUUUGAUGAGAAGAGCUGGAGGAACAGGGUAGUCUGACCCAAAUGAUUCUUUCAACAUCCAUCAGUCCAUCAAAAACAGCUGCUUCUUCAAAUCUCCACAUCACAUGAAACAGAUUCAGUAUAGUGUCAGACUUCAUCUAAACAGCUGUUUGUCUAAAACAGAGGAGGAAAGAGAGAGGAGUUUUCUGUUUUUUGUAUAUCUGAGAAAAACUUGCAUUAUUUCUUACAAAACCAUUUUAAUACAUUUUAAUUCUUCCAUUUAUGAUUCUUAUAGAAUCUGAGUUUUGUUCUCAUGGCUUUGUUUGUGUCAAAGGUUUUUUUUCUCAUAUUUUGGGUUAGCACUGCUUUAUUUACACCUCUCUUCCUCUCAUAUUUACCUCUGUUCAGUUUAGAGAAACAGAAACUCUUAAAUCCUGUGUACAGUUAGUCUUGUAUGUACCUCACUCAUUUAUUCUGUGACUUCAUGUCAACAAAGGAAGGAAACUUAGCAAACUUUUCUUGUGAAAGAUCAUUGUUGUUUCAGAACUUCUGGUCUGCAUUGAAUCAACAUGUUUCCCAUCACUCUUUGAUGCAAUGCUUUUGAAGUUGUACAUAAGCCUCUGACGCAGUGUACUGGUGAAUCUACAGCAGCCAUGUUAAUGGACAAUCAUAAAAAUGAAAUAAAAAAACCACUAAU